ACCAAGGCAACGGGUUGACGCUCGAGCUGUUAGCCUGGAGAAUAUGGCCUUCCUUUAUAAGCACAUUUAAAACAUUCACAUCAGCAAUAAUCCUGGACUGUUUCUUACAGUCACAUUACUUCUAAAGUUAGCAAUGACUGAGACUCGUGUUGUUCCAAGCGGAAAGGUUUAUCGGCAAAUGUUUGACGCUCAGGCUCACUUGUCACUGUCUCUUCAUGAGGGGAAGAGGAGGAGGCAUGCUGCUCAUGCAGGUUGCUUGAGUGAGGAUAACACCAUUAGUGGAAACACAGGUACUGGAUACCAUCUGCAUCCUCUAAGGAGUCAAAAUGGGGAUGAGCAGUGCUCUGAGGACAUCAUGAGAAACCAGUUGUUUUCAGGAACAAAGCCUUUAUUAAGUGUGGACCAGGAUGAUCAUGAAGAGAUCAGAGGACUGCCUGACAGAGUUGUUUCUACAAAGACUGACUCAGACAUCAUCGAGGGACUCAUGGAGAAAAGACAAAGGGACCACACAGAAGCUGUCACUCAGUUUCAGAUGGAUCUUAUUGAGCUCAGUGUGGGGUUUGAGUCAUUGUUAAUAGACACUGGAGAAGAUUUCCUUCUCAAACUCUCAGAAUAUGAUGAGGAAGUGGAGAGACUGAUGCAGAAAACAGAACACAGUGGAGAUUCAAUAGCCUUCAGCUAUCAGGAUCUACAUGAGAUUUGGACCUCUGUGAGCCAUAAAUCUGCUAUGAGGAGAAAUUGUAUCCAGGAGUUGGAUGAGCUCUUUGUCAAAUAUGAGAGUGAAAGAGCAGCAAUGAUUACUGAAAUUCUAAGCAAAUACACAAAAAAGCUUGAAAAAAUCAGUUAUGUUAUGCCCAGUGAUGUCCACAGACUAAUUAAUAAUGAAGCUAUGAUGAUAAAUCAGGCAUUACUGGCUAACAGACGAGCUGUGGCAAAAUUACAUUUGAACCUAAUGGAGAAGAAUUUGCAGAAAGAGGUUCAGUGCCACUUCAGAUGGGAGGCAAAUCUUCAGAAUUGGAAAAAAAUCAAGGCUGUCGCUGCACUCAGCCAGUUUAAAGACUUCAUGAACAGCCCUGAGAUUCAAAACCCUAAAAAUGUACAAGAGACUUUAAACACCAUGCGGACAAAACAAAAAGCAUACAGCAAACAGCGCCUCAACAUCCUGGAGCAAGUCAGAAAUAUGACCCCACCUAACUGCUCAAAGUCAUUUGCUGCUGAAUGGUACUCCUCUUUAUCUUCGGUGAAUGAGCAAAUUGAUUUCACACACAGAGAGACCAUGGCAAAACUGCGUGAAUAUUAUGAGAGUGCCUGGCAAGACUGUUACCUGGAAGUUGGACGCUUUGAGAGUGAAGUGUCUAGCUAUGGAGUCACCUCAGAUGAGAUACAGCACAUUGUUAAUGGUGAGAUGUUGCCUCUUAUUGACAAGUGCCAGACUCAAGCAGAGGAGCAUUUACAAGCAAUGAAAAAAACAUUUGAGGGUUUGGCCAAAACUGCUGCGUUCUUGAGUAAGAUUUUGUUUGAGUUUGUGCAUGGAGCAGCUAACGUCUGGGAGGUACACAGUGCACAUCUGAAGGGGGCAGAGCAGCAGCUGCAGGAUUCUCUCAAAGACGUCAGCAAGAACUUUGAAGAAAAGAAUCAAAAAAAAGAGGCUCAGCUGGAUGUGAUGAUGGACAAACUCAGGCAGGAAAGUACAGAAAAGGCCCUCAAAGCUAGAAUGGAGCAGAUCCUUCACCUUUUAGAGGAAAUUAAGGAAGGGUGUACCAAUUUCUAUAAUGAAGGAGUCCAUAGAGUGGAGAGUUAUCCUGAAAUGGUACUUAAAGAAAUACAUGCAUACAGCAUGGCAGUCAGUCAGUACUUCAAAGUCAAUGAAGUAUACAGUCAGGAUUCUGAGGAACUUCAGAUACUUUAUCCUGCAUUUAUUCCUAUUGCAUUUCAGAUAUCUUGCAUAAAGAAGUCAUCACCCUCUGAGAAUGUUGAUUGUUUCUCACAGGAUAACAGAGACUCUCAGAACAAUGAAACAUUUACUACUUUAAAGGGAAAUAUCUACAGCUGCCCUGUCAUACAUGAUGAUGAUGAUGAUGAUGAGCAUUUGAAUGCUAUGGAAGUGGAAGCGGCUUUGUUUCCAAAAAGUCUCAUAGUUGAAUUGCAAAGAAAUGUGAGAGAGGAAUUAUUUAAUCACCUUGAGGAGAGGAAUCAGGAGGUUCUGAAUCACACAGUGACCAUUGUGGAAGCUAAAAAAGAGAAGCUGAAGUCUGAACUAGACCUCCGCAUCCAUCUCCAUCAGUCUCGAGCAAAGAGGAUUGAAAUGGACGUUCACAAUGUCCGGGCAGCUGAAUUGAUCUUGCAUCAAGAUCGUGUGGAUAGACACUGCAACGGUGUUCUACAGGCUCUUGCUGAUUUGCGAUCUGACUUCAACAGCCUUCAGAUCAAACAGCGCGAAAUAAAUGAAAACUUUCGUACAAAAAUCUACAGCAUGGAAGACAUGUUAUACGCUGCUACCAAGUCUGACAUGCUGGUAACACUCAGGGCUUCACUACAAAUCCACUUGGAAAAACACAUCAGUGAAAACCAGGAAUUACAGAGGCAGUUUAGACAAAAUCUGGAGAUCACAUUAGAGGGUCUUAGAGAGGCUAAUGCACAAUUAAUGAAACAUUUUAAGCUGUUUGCUGAAGGUGGUAAUUUUACCCCAGAAGAGAUUGAGCAAUACAGAAAGCAUCUGGAAAAGAUGGCUAAGUGCAUUGACACAGCUGAUGCGGCUCUAAUGCAGGACAUGGAGGGCACAGAGUCUAAAUGCCUGGACAAGGCAAAAGAGGUCAUCAGUAAGUUUGAAGAGAAGCUCCAGUCUCUACAAGUGGAUCUAAUGUUCCUGGAGAAAAUCCAAAGAGUACUCACAAACACCCAAGUCCAGAUUAAAUCAGAGGCCAUGAAGAGCAACACUCACAAAAAAAUUAUCAACACUGUGAUGAAUGAACUGAAAGAGAGGGUCCAUGCCUACACACAAAGCAGCCUGGAUAACAGGGUAACAUCUGGUGACAUUUUUAGUUCAACUUCAUCCCUGAUAGAAGAACUCAGAAAGAGAAGUCAGUAUUUGGACUGUUAUCUGAACCCUUCGAUGGCUGUUCCACUGCCUGAUGCUCCUCUGCAAGGGGCUUUUGCCGUGGCUGCACGUCUACGGUCCCGUAAGCAGGAGAAAGGGGGGAGCCCCUGCUCAGAUCCCAUUCUCCAGCCCAGCUGCAUGGGAGCUGCCUUCAUGGAUGACAAAGCAGUGCAGGUGAUCAGAGGACUCCUAAGUAUAAGCAAACCUCAGAGCUGCCAAGAGUUCAGUGGGGAGCUUAAAGAGACAAACUCGGCAACAGUAACAGCUUCUGUCCGUCCAAGCCCUCUACCAGGGUCUGGUCAAAGAUCAGGGAAGAAUAGUAACCUGUCCGGCUUAGGGUCACUGCACAGGAAAUCAGCUGAGUCACUCAACUCUCACAGUGUGAGAAGGAUGACCAGACCUACACGGUUUGAUCAGAGAUUCCAAGUAUUUGGCCCUAAACCUGAUGAUCAAAAGAAAAUCCUCACUUUUAAGGGCUUCAUCACUAACAUUCUGUGGGAAGCCAAUGACCUUCUCCUUCAGGUGGCUGAGGAAUUCUACAAGAAAAAUGGGCGCCAAUUGGUCAGCCGUCCUCAGUAUAUUCUGGAAUCAUUUGAGCUGUGUGCUGAGGACAUAAACAAAAGACUCCUUGUCUAUCAGAGCCAAUCUCAUGAGUACCACCAUGGUUGUGUACAAGAGUUCUGUAAGCAGCUGAAAGCCAUUGAGGAGAUUGUCUGUGAUAUACCUAAAGCACUUCUAACAAAACUGAGGGAUCAGCAUUUGGAGGACCUGAGCAAGAGUUUGUCUCUCAUACAUCAGCAGUUUAAACAGACUCAGCAACAAAGUGAUCAACAGAGGAGAAAACACAGGGGUCAGCUGUCUGUACGUCUGAGCCACCCGGCUUGUGAAGAAGAACUGAACAGGCUGGUUACAGCUGAGGAUGACAGGCAGGAGGAACAGAGGAAGGCUAUUGUGAAUAACAGACUGGAACUCCAGGCCUGCAUUAAGAAGAAUGCAGAUGAGUUUGUGACUGCACUUGCCACAUUGACAGAGAGUUUACUCUUCCAGUUUGACAACAUACUGACUGUUGAUGAGAUCCAAGGUGGAUCAGUAGAACCACAGCGGGAAAGCAUCACAAAACUUGUUCGUCGAACACAAGCAGGUACUCUACAGGAGGAGCAAGAGAAGAGACAUUUAUUGGCAAGAGGGAGCAGAGCAUGGCCAGGCAUCAGUUACUUUGGAACCACCGAUGAUUCAUCUGUCAAGCAACAGAAACAAAAGACCGCCACCAUCACUACAGCUAAAACUACAUUGGCACAGCUUAAGGUUAUGGAGGUUCGAAAUGCACUGCAUCAGAAUUAUGAGCAGAGGAUCAUGGGGGAGUUUGAGUGCGUGCAGAAAUUCAGGCAGGAACAGGAGGCAGAGAUGUUCCAUUGGCAAGAGCACUGGAGAGGAGAACUGAAGACCCUUGCUACACUCAAAGCAGAAUGACUGUGUGACUAGAAGACCUUCUGUGUCAGGAAUGAUCCUGAAACCAAAAAAUUCCCUGUCUGAAACAAGCACAAUGUUAGCGUCUUAAUCACUAUAGAAUAAGAUGAAAGAGCAUCUAGCAUUGCUGCCUCGGCUUUUGGGUUUUGCAUGUUCUCCUCAUGUGGGUUUCAUUUGGAAAUCCAUUCUUUCAGAUGUACUGGAGUUCUAGUCAGGGUAUAUUCCGACCUCAAGCCAGGAUAAGCUCCAGAUACACUAUCAUGACCAUAAAAAGCAAGCAAAAUAAAUGUUCUUUUCCCAAUAAAAACUAGUUUAGAGUUUUUGCAUGUGCUGACAAAAAAGAAAAAUAUAACUUAGACUUAUUUUUAAACCAAAUUUAUUUGAUUACAAAAUAUUAUAUAAAUAAUAUAUAUUUCUUUUUUAUUUAACUGAAAAGUUCAAUUUAAAAAAAAAUAUAUUUCUGAUAUUUUCAUUAAAUAUAGUGUUACUUGAUAAAGACAUCAAACAAUAUUGUGGCUAAAGUUUAGAAAAACAUUUAUUUACUAUUUCCAAGUACCACUGAUUAGUGUUGUGCAAAGUUUAAUAAACUCUGAGAUCAAGUACAAACAAAAGUGAAGCUGUAAUGCUUUCAUUUGCUAUACAGUGAUACAGUUGCUUGCUACACUACUUUAGAUAAUACAAAUUUUAUACCAAGAAAUAUUUCAUUCUUAGUAAAUAGAACACGUUCAGAUUUAGCAGCUCUUAAGAUGAAGCCCUACAAUAUUAUAGGCACAUUAGUUUACAAGAACAUGGAUAUUGUUCUUGCAUUAUUUUAAAAAUGAUUUAGGCCUUAUUUUAUUAUAAGUACCUUCUCAUAAAGCAUCAUAAGCACAUUCUAAUAAAAAUCAUGAUUUAACUA